UUUGAGACUUUUCAUUUGCUUUGAGAAGAACAAACUUAUCACUGUAGAAUAUUCUUUAGAAACUUAAGUAGAUGAAGCAGUGAAGUGGAGGAGAAGACUCAUUGUCAGAUCGCCAAUAUACAGGUGAAACUAAUAAUAUAUGGAGGAAGAGUGUAUGGACACAGAUUUGGAAAAAAAGAAAAGUGAAAGAAUGUUAAAUAUGCAAAAGGAGAACGAUGAAGGAAAUGAUUCAGGUGUAAUUAAAGCACCUGAAUCUGGAAUUCAUUUUAGUUCAUUUAAUGAUCUCUAUGAGUACUAUAGAGAAUAUGGAAAACAAGAGGGUUUUGGAAUAAAAAAGAAAACAACAUGUGCUUCAGAAGAUAGAAAGAUAAGAUUUUUGACAUUGUCGUGUUCUCGAGCAGGAAAAUCUGAAUCACACAAGCAAAAUUUUCUUAAUCCAAAUCCUUUAACAAGAGUGGAAUGUAAGGCUAGGAUUAAUGGUACCAUUCUUGAAGAUGGAAAAUGUAAGAUUAAUUCGGUUAUACUUGAGCAUAACCAUGGAUUGAGUCCUCAAAAGUCACGAUUUUAUUUGUGCAAUAGAGAGAUAAGUAUUGGUGCUCAAAGAAAACUUGAAUUAAAUGAUCGAGCGGGUAUUAGUGUUGUAAAGAAUUUUCAAUCAUUCAUGGUUGAAGCCGGAGGUCAUGAAAAUGUUCCAUUCUUAGAGAAGGAUUGUAGAAAUCUUAUUGAGAAAGCAAGACGAUUACGACUUGGGGUUGGAGAUGCUGAAGCAAUUCAUAAAUAUUUUGUUCAAAUGCAAUCUAAGAAUUCAAGUUUUUUCUAUAUGAUGGAUUUGGAUGAUAAGUCAAGAAUCAAAAAUGUAUUUUGGGCUGAUGCAAGAAGUAGAGCAAUGUAUGAAGAAUUUGGUGAUGUGGUUACAUUUGACACUACAUAUUUGACAAACAAGUAUAAUAUGCCCUUUGCACCUUUUAUUGGAGUAAAUCACCAUGGUCAGUCAAUUUUAUUAGGGUGUGGGUUGCUAUCAAGUGAGACUACUGAAACAUUUAUUUGGUUGUUUAAGACAUGGCUUGCUUGCAUGUCUGGAUGUGCUCCGAAGGCUAUAAUUACUGACCAAGCUAAAGCAAUGAAAAAUGCAAUUGAGGUUGUGUUUCCCCAAAGUCGACAUCGUUGGUGUCUUUGGUAUAUAAUGAAAAAGAUUCCUGAGAAGUUAAGUAGCUAUCAAUUGUAUAAGCCAAUUAAAAAAGCGAUGAAAAAUUGUGUUUAUAAUUCUUUGAGGAAGGAAGAAUUUGAAGUAACAUGGGAUUUUUUCAUCAAUGAUUUCAAUCUUCAGGACAAUGAAUGGUUAAAUAGCUUAUAUGAAGAAAGAAAUCGUUGGGUUCCUGCUUUUGUUAAAGACACAUUUUGGGCUGGAAUGUCAACUACUCAACGUAGUGAAAGUAUGAAUACAUUUUUUGAUGGAUAUGUCAACUCAAAGAUAACACUUAAGCAAUUUGUUGAACAAUAUGAUAGUGCUUUGAGGGAUAAGAUGGAGAAGGAGAAUCGAGCUGAUUUUCAAUCUUUUAGCACAAUAAUUCCAUGUGUGACUCAUUUUGCAAUAGAAAAGCAAUUUCAGGCAGCCUAUACAAAUACAAAGUUUAAGGAAUUCCAAAAAGAGUUAAUUGGGAAAAUUUAUUGCGGUGUUUCUUGUCUUGACGAAAGUUCUGGGUUAUUCAAUGUAUGUGAGGCUGUAUUCUUUGAAGGAGUAAGUAGAGAAGUCAAUUUCAAAAUUCAUUUCAACAAAGAAAAUUCUGAAGUUUAAUGUGCUUGUCAGUUGUUUGAAUUUUCAGGAAUUUUAUGCAAGCAUGCAAUCUCAAUUCUCAUUAGAAUGGGGGUUUCAAAUGUUCCAAUGAAAUAUAUUUUAUCAAGGUGGAAAAAGAAUAUAAAAAGAUGUCAUACAAAGAUUAAACUUAUUUAUGAUGAUCUACAUAGCAAUCCUAUAUCACAACGAUAUCAUGAGCUCCAAAAGAAGUUUGAUAAAGUAGCAGAUUGGGCUAUUGUCUCCGAUGAAGAGUUUAAAAGACUUUGGAAUGUGAUACAUGAAUUUGAAAUAAACUUAGCUAAAGAUGAGGUUGAUUGUGUACCUUAUUUCACUAUCACUCAAGACUAUCCAAUUAUGAGCUCUCAUGAAGAAAUGAUCAAUGAAAGUAAUAAACCUCGUUCUCCUAUUGCUAUUAGAAGACAUGGGCGUCCACCAAAAAAUAGAAAAGUUCCAAUGGUUGAAAAGCUAAUCAUAAAGGAGAAGAAAGCAAAGGGUCAAAAACUCAAAAAUGAAAGAAAGAAAGUAAAGGAUACAAACACGGUACAAAGUUAUAUGCAUAAUGAGAAUAUUAUUGGUACAUUUGAUAGAAUGAACAAGUAGGUAAGGGUAUAUAUUAUAUGUUGAUUUGUAUAUUGACAUAAUGUCUUCUAUUUGAUUAUUUAGUAAUUUGUAUAAUUUUUCUAUUAAUCCUUUUCAGAAUGAAGAAGUAUCCAUGUCGUGUGAUUUAACUACAAGGCAAAUUUUAGAUUUCCAACCAAAUUUACAAACUUUACCUGUGCCCUACUUUCAUU